AUGGCCAACGCCCAAGAUGCGGUUAGUAGAGAGACUCGAGCUCCUGUUACUAUCGGCCUUGUCGCCCUCUUUACAGUCCUUUCAAGCGUCUGCGUAGUCCUUCGAUUCUACACAAGGAGGAUGAUACUACACUUUGUCGGGCCCGACGAUUACAUGAUCUUGGUUGCGCACAUUCUGAGCCUUGCGCAGUCUGGUAUCAAUUUCGCAAUGAUGAUAGCUGGUGGCGGAGGACAACACAUUGAGCAUGUGCGGGACAAAUUGCCAACCUUCAACCGGUUGAUGCUGGCUGCGACGGCAGUCUACAACGCAGCGCAGAUUGCGACCAAAAUCUCGCUUCUCAUCCAGUACUGCACCAUUUUUCCCGGCCGAGCAAUGCGACUCAUCUCGCAGUGGGGCAUUGGUCUGCUUAUUUUAUGGGGGAUAGCUCAGCAGACAUUGACACCAUGCAUCUGCGCGUAUGAGUCGAUUACCACUCUGACGCCAGAAACUUGCAUCCACGACGACUUACCGCUUGCGCUCAAUGCCAUUAUCAACAUGGUGACGGAUUUCCUGAUUCUUAUCAUCCCUGUCAAGCCUGUGCUUGGGUUGCAAAUCAAUUGGAUGCGCAAGACGUACCUCCUAGUUGUUAUGGGUAUGGGCUUGGGUGUAUGCAUCAUCUCCGCCGUACGGCUCGACAUGCUGGUUGGACGUAAGAACGACUGGACCGACGUAACAUGGAAAAUAGCGUCCAUCACAUACUUGUCGACAAUGGAAACAAGCCUGGGAAUAAUGUGUGCCUGCAUCCCGGCGCUUCGGCCCCUGAUGAAGAGAGUGAUACCAAAUAUGCUGGGAUCAAGUGCAAAGGACACGACGGAUGGUGCGAUGCAAUACGGAAGCAGAGGCACAAGGCUGGCCGAAGCAAGCGGUACCAAAACAAAAGCUAGCCUGGUAAAUGGCAUUUACGUACAAAAAGACGUCCAAUUUCAUAGCACGACGGAGCUCAGGGAUGUUUCGGCUAAAGGACCGUACCCGGCCUCUGACCGAUCAUCCGACGAUGAGAUAAGCUUGGAACGGGCCUUCCCGCCGACAAUGGCGAAACCAUAG